AUGUCGCCAGAAUACAGCAAAGACAAACCCGCAGGGUUCAGCAAUCGUGUUGAGAAAGUUGCUGUCAUUGGCGCUGGUGGUCGAAUGGGAUCGCAUAUUGUCGAGAAUUUGCUCAAGACUGGAAAGCAUGCCGUGACAAUCAUCUCACGCCCCAACAGCGCGAGUACAUUUCCUGACGGCGUUCAAGUUGCCUGGAUCGACUACAAUGUCGAGGACAACACUACGUUGGUAGAGGCACUUAAGGGACAGCAGGCCUUAAUUAUUGCUUUGUCGGUGAUGGCUCCGAGGGACACCAUUUUCAAGUUGAUCCACGCGUCUGCAAAGGCUGGCGUAUCAUACGUCCUACCAAACUGGUACGGUCAUGACCCGGCGGACGACAAGAUGUGCGAGGAUGUUUUGUUUACCCCCUUUAGAAACAAGAUGAUUGCCGAAUUUAAAAGCCUAGGGGUCAGCUCCUACAUUCUGCUGUCUUGUGGCUUCUGGUAUGAAUUUAGUCUGGGCGGCGGAGCUGAUCGCUACGGCUUUGAUUUCAAGAAGCGCUCCUUGACCUUUUUCGAUGGCGGCAACACCACUAUUUCCACAAGUACUUGGCAGCAGUGUGGAAAAGCCAUUGCGAAUUUGCUGAGCCUGAAAGAGUUCCCAGAAAAUGAAGAUGACCGCUCAGUGACCCUAUCACAAUUUCGCAACGUUCCUGUGUACAUAUCGAGCUUCGAGCUAAGCCAGCGCGACAUGUUCGAAAGCGUGAAGCGUGUAACGGGGACUACCGACGCUGACUGGACUAUCACCGACGAAUCCUCUGAAGAGCGCUGGCAGAGUGCAAAGAAUGCCUUAGAGCAAAAAGGAGACGCUCAUGCGUUUGUGCAAAUGCUUUACAGCCGCACCUUUUUUCCAAAUGGAGGUGGUAACAUCAAAUUAACCCGCGGCCUCCACAAUGAUGUGCUCGGGUUGGAAAAGGACGACUUGGAUGAAUCCACGGCUGUCGCUAUCUCUAUGGGAGAGAAUAAUGAACCUGUAGUGCAUAAGAGCAAGGACGUCUAUGGAGAUCUAUUCAAGGCAGAGUAG